GAUGGUGAAAGAGGAGUAAGGGCACUACAGCAGUUCAAAAGUGGCUCUUUUGUUUGCGAGUUUGAAGCAAACCUCCUGUCGAAGGCCGAGUGUGAAGAGGCGGAGAAAGAGUAUGUGGAGGAAGGGAAACCUGUCUACAUUCUGGAGGCUCAUGGAUACUACUUUGAUCCGACCCUGCGUCCAAAUGUCAUUGGAAAGUACAUCAAUCAUGCGGCCAAAGGAGCAAACAUCAAGCUGUACCCUCCUCUGGAAGCAAGGGGCCGGACAAGGAUCAGAUUUGUUUCCAUUAAGGAU